UUGUUCCUGUUGUUGUUGUUGUUGUUGUUGUUGCUGCUGUUGUUGUUGAUGCUACUGUUGUAGUUUUUGUUGCUGCUGCUAUAGUUCUUGUUGUUGUUGUUGUUGCUGUUGUUGUUGCAGUUGUUCCUGUUGUUGUUGUUGUUGUUGUUGUUGCUGCUGUUGUUGUUGAUGCUACUGUUGUAGUUUUUGUUGCUGCUGCUAUAGUUCUUGUUGUUGUUGUUGUUGCUGUUGUUGUUGCAGUUGUUCCUGUUGUUGUUGUUGUUGUUGUUGUUGCUGCUGUUGUUGUUGAUGCUACUGUUGUAGUUUUUGUUGCUGCUGCUAUAGUUCUUGUUGUUGUUGUUGUUGCUGUUGUUGUUGCAGUUGUUCCUGUUGUUGUUGUUGUUGUUGUUGUUGCUGCUGUUGUUGUUGAUGCUACUGUUGUAGUUUUUGUUGCUGCUGCUAUAGUUCUUGUUGUUGUUGUUGUUGCUGUUGUUGUUGCAGUUGUUCCUGUUGUUGUUGUUGUUGUUGUUGUUGCUGCUGUUGUUGUUGAUGCUACUGUUGUAGUUUUUGUUGCUGCUGCUAUAGUUCUUGUUGUUGUUGUUGUUGCUGUUGUUGUUGCAGUUGUUCCUGUUGUUGUUGUUGUUGUUGUUGUUGCUGCUGUUGUUGUUGAUGCUACUGUUGUAGUUUUUGUUGCUGCUGCUAUAGUUCUUGUUGUUGUUGUUGUUGCUGUUGUUGUUGCAGUUGUUCCUGUUGUUGUUGUUGUUGUUGUUGUUGCUGCUGUUGUUGUUGAUGCUACUGUUGUAGUUUUUGUUGCUGCUGCUAUAGUUCUUGUUGUUGUUGUUGUUGCUGUUGUUGUUGCAGUUGUUCCUGUUGUUGUUGUUGUUGUUGUUGUUGCUGCUGUUGUUGUUGAUGCUACUGUUGUAGUUUUUGUUGCUGCUGCUAUAGUUCUUGUUGUUGUUGUUGUUGCUGUUGUUGUUGCAGUUGUUCCUGUUGUUGUUGUUGUUGUUGUU